AUGACUGGUCGUGGCACCCUAUUGGAGAUGAUGGAACUCGCAGCUUACAAUCCUUUGGAUGCAGAGGCUGAUGAGAAGCUUUCAUCAAUACCUGGACUGGAAGAUGUCAAACUAGAGACAACGAAUCAGGAUCAGAGUUAUGCAAAUGGCCCAUCCUCCAUGACAGCAACAAACCAGCAUCAGCCACCACCUCCUGAGGUCCAACAAAAUAUUGAAUCUACAACCCAAAGCAAAGCAGAUUCGCUGACAGAAAAUGUUAUUACUGUUGCCAAGGACCCUCGAUAUGCAAGAUACCUGAAGAUGGUCCAAGUGGGUGUUCCUGUUAUGGCCAUAAGAAACAAAAUGAUUUCUGAAGGACUCAGCCCAGAGCUGUUGGAGACUCCAGAUGCCCCAGUUCCCGAUGGGGUUAAAGAACAUGAGGGAGACAGUUCUGGCAGUGAAUCUUCAUUCAGUGAUUGAAAACAGACUUCAGAUAUUUCAAUUCUCAAACUAAAAAAUACGGAGCACUGAUUGUUAUAUCGAGGGGCAUUAAUUUUUUUGAUGGUUAAACAGUCCGAAAGGAUUGUAUCAGUAUGAACUGUGCUGCCUCCAUUUGCUGUAUAUGAACACCCCAUUCAGUCUUAAACUACGUCUCUGCCACAGGCCUGUCGAUGUUUAAAAUCAUAAAUUUUGUGACUGUUUGAAUGCAGAACUGCACUUUUAUUUGUACAUGAAGUUACAAUCUCCUUUCCACUGUAUUUUAGAUGUAAUGUCAACAAUGUGGGUGAACAAAUUGGGACUGUCAUCAAGGUAUUAAUUGCAAAUGAAUAUGAGAUAAUGUUAUUUUCAUAUUUUAUAUACCAGGCACUGUACAGAAUUUGUUUAUCUUGGAAAAGUUAUGAAUGGAUUGUUCAUGUGCUAUUCUGUUCCCACAUAAAGGAAAACUUCGCCCUAAUGAGUGAAAUCUGAACUGUGAAGGGUAGACUUGUGCAGAACUGAAGAAACUGCGCAUGAUUAUCUGUAAUAUUAUGUUUACUUGGAUGAGUCACAGAUAAGAAUACUUCCCCUACGCUGCUUGAUUGUAGCUACUCCACUGGUGUCAGGAUCUUGAUGUUUGGCUAUUUGCUGUUAAGUGAGAAUUAUUUGUCACCACAGUAGCAUUUCUUUCUCGUAGUCAUUGUCAUUUUCAGGCAGUGAGUCUGAAUUUGACAGUGUGUGUCAGGUAUGCAUCUUCUGGUAUCCGUCCUGAGAGGUUACUCCAGCUGUGCUGCUGCAGCACUCCAUUCUUUCCAUGUGUUCCGAGUUCAUGCCAUUCUAUAAAGCUGAUGCAAAUUCUGAUUCCAAACAAUAUCUGAUGAACAUUGCUACUGCAGGGACUCUGCUCAAGAGUGUGUAACCUUCAUUGAAAUUGAGGAGCUAAUUUUAGAAUGAAAUCAUAACUCACUAUUGCUUCAAAAGAAUCUGUUUACUUUUAUAGAACUGUUACUGUUGAAUAAUUGUUGAAAUAGUUACAUUUUCAAAUCUUACUUCUUUUUUGUUCUUGAACACAAACAGCAUUGAAUAGCUCAGUGUUCUAUCAUCCAAUCCAAGAUAAACAAUCCUAAACAGUAGAUUUUCCUGGGGAAUCUUCUUGUUUGGCUACCCUGAAACAAUAGGGUAGACCCUCUUGUGUUAUUGCAGACUCCGAGUCCAGACCAUUUAACCUUCAGAUAAAAAGGUAGGACAAGGUCAGAAAAUAAUUCAGUGCCCACCUUAGGGACUGGAAUUCUGUCCUGAGCGCUAAUAAUGGGAAGUGUAACAUAAACUUUCAUAUUGUAAUCACACCACCUUGUCCAUGAUGGCACUGCAGCUACAAUCUACCCAUCAUAAACAUGGGCCAGCAAAUUGUACUUGAAGGGAGUGAGAGUUGGAAAAUAGUGCAUUGUCAGCAUUCCUAUCUCAAAAACCCAUUCUAAGAUGUGGGACCUUUUGUUACGUCACCAAUUGAACUAUGUUUCUUGUCAAAUAUAUUAGUAACAAAGAGAAAGAACUUAUAUUUAUAUAGUACGUUUCACAACCUCAGGAUGUUCAAACCAUUUUACAUUCAGUGAAGGGCUUAUAUAUCUUAGACUCCUGUAAAUUUAUCUUUACAGUCCAAUUACAAGUAUUGGGUUAUUUUAUGCACUGAAUAAAGCACAGGUUGGAUGUUUGUUUGACGUAAUUGAACUGUCUCAUAGUUGGAAAAUUGGUCGAGAUGUGAGAGCACUAGCGUGGAGUGGAGAGGCUGGAUCCAAGGAGCUGACUGAAGUGUUGCUAGAAUUUCUUUUUGUGUUGCUGUGGCGCUUGUACCUGUCACAUGAUCACAUGAUUUGAGCAAGCCAACCAACAAACUUCAAAGGUAAUACAGCAACACUCCUAAUACACACUAUUUCUUUGUCAAGAGCACAAAUUUCCUAAGUUACAACAACAACUACACUUUGAAAGUUCUUCAUUGGCUGUAAAGUACAUUGGAAUGACCUGAGGUCAUGCAAGGCAGUAUAUAAAUGCAAGUACACUUGCUCACUUGAAGCAGUCUCAUUGCAUUUUCCUGCAAUGUUUUACAUUUCCUGCUCAAUUGAAUGCUGUGCACUAAAUUGUCUGAGCUUCGUUAUUCAUGUGAAUUGUGCAGGGAGUUGAAGUUGUGCCAAGAGUGUCAGUAGGUUAAAUAGUGUCACAUUUUACAGUUCGAUACCUGACUUCUUUAACACAUUCAGCCUGCUACAUGGAUCUUGUGUACUUGCUGUAUUGCUGUGCUGUAUAUUCUUAUUGUUGCUCACCCAUAACCAUAAACUUUAUGUACAAAGUUGAUGAGGAAAGAAAUUUGCACAUGAAAAUAUCAUAGGUAUACACUGCUGGGAGGUUUGAUAGCUGUCAUUUUGUCUUUGAGUAGAAUCUCCAAGGAGUUGAGAUGCUCUUUGUAUUAGUUCUCGAAGUUAGAUAUACAAAGUUUAUCGUUUUCUUCAUCGUGUCAUAUAUCUCUCACAAAGGCCUAACUUCUAACUGUUUUUCUUUCAAAAGACCAAUAUCCUGCAUCCUUCGCUCGAAAAUAAAAAUAAAAUGUUUUUCAAAUGCUUCAGUUUAAA